GAGCCCCCCCAUUGGCCGGCUGCGACCAAGCUGGCCUCUCGCGAUUGGCGAGCUCCGCGCGGCCGCUCCGCCGUGCCAGGCGCGCCCCCCUCGCGCCUCCCCAUUGGUUCCACCCGGCGGCCCCGCCACGGGGAAGCGCGAGCCAAGCGGAGCCGUCCCAUUGGCUGGGCGGGACCACGGCCGGGGGGAAGGGGGAGCAUUUCUGGAAGUUUCCAUGGUUACCGGGGGGGGGGCGCCACCGUCUCCCGGGGACACCGGGGGGCAGCGAGAGGGAAGGCGGGCGGCCGAGCAGGGACGGAGCCGAGUGGGUGGGUGCUGUGUCCCCCCUGGCUGCCCACCAUGGUGAAGCUGGACAUCCACACGCUGGCCCACCACCUGAAGCAGGAGCGGCUCUACGUGACCGCCGAGAAGCAGCUGAUCCAGCGGCUCAACGCGGACGUGCUGAAGACGGCGGAGAAGCUGUACCGCACCGCCUGGAUCUCCAAACAGCAGCGCAUCAACCUGGACAGGCUCAUCAUCACCAGUGCUGAAGCUUCUCCUGCCGAAUGUUGCCAGCAUGCAAAAGUCUUGGAGGACACGCAGUUUGUGGAUGGAUAUAAGCAGCUGGGAUUUCAGGAGACUGCUUAUGGAGAAUUCCUGAACAGACUGAGAGAGAACCCAAGGCUUAUUGCGUCCUGCCUGGUUGCUGGAGAGAAGCUCAACCAGGACAACACUCAGAGUGUCAUUCACACAGUCUUUACCUCCAUUUAUGGCAACUGCAUCAUGCAGGAGGAUGAGAGUUACCUCCUGCAGGUCCUCCGUUACCUGAUCGAGUUUGAACUCAAGGAGAGCGACAACCCCCGGCGGCUGCUCAGACGAGGCACCUGUGCCUUCAGCAUCUUGUUCAAACUUUUCUCUGAGGGACUCUUCUCUGCAAAACUCUUUCUUACUGCAACCUUACAUGAGCCAAUCAUGCAGCUUUUGGUUGAAGAUGAAGACCACCUGGAAACCGAUGCAAACAAGUUAAUUGAGAGAUUCUCCCCAGUACAGCAGGAAAAGUUAUUUGGAGAGAAAGGCACAGAAAAGUUCAAGCAAAGAGUCCAAGAGAUGGUUGACUCCAAUGAGGCCAAGCUGGUGACCUUGGUCAACAAAUUCAUUGGCUAUCUCAAACAAAACACUUACUGUUUCCCUCACAGCUUGAGGUGGAUUGUGUCGCAGAUGUACAAAACGCUGUCGUGUGUGGACAGGCUGGAGGUUGGGGAGGUCAGAGCAAUGUGCACAGAUCUUCUUCUGGCCUGUUUCAUCUGCCCUGCAAUCGUUAACCCAGAGCAAUAUGGGAUCAUUUCUGAUGCUCCUAUAAAUGAGGUUGCAAGAUUUAAUCUGAUGCAGGUUGGGAGGCUUCUGCAGCAGCUGGCAAUGACGGGCUCUGAGGAGGGAGAUCCACGUACCAAGAGCAACCUUGCUAAAUUUGACAAAAGCUGUGUGGCUGCUUUCCUGGACGUGGUCAUCGACGGGCGGGCGGUGGAGACGCCUCCCAUGUCUGCUGUCAACCUGCUGGAGGGGCUGAGCAGGACCGUGGUGUACAUGACAUACAGCCAGCUGACCACUCUGGUUGGCUUUAUGCGCAACGUGAUGUCCAGCGAUCAGCUCAAGGAAGAUCGGAUGGCUUUGGAAAACUUGCUGGCAAACUUACCCCAGAACAAGCCAGGGAAAAGCAGCAGCCUUGAAAUGACUCCAUAUAACACCCCCCAGCUUUCUCCUGCGACCACUCCAGCUAACAAAAAAAACCGGCUACCGAUAGGACAGCAAUUGGCAGCCAUUACUGCCUGGGAUACCUCUGCCACCAAUCUGUCAGCUCACAUAACUCUAGUAACCCCUUUUGCAACUCGAAGCAGAAGUAGAUCAAAUAUUCUAAUGGAUCAGCACGGAGAUCAUGAAGGAUCCUCUCAGGAGACUAUCCCAGAAGUUCAACCGGAAGAAGUGCUGGUGAUUUCUUUGGGGACAGGUCCACAGAUUACUCCAGGAAUGAUGUCAGAAAAUGAGGUCUUAAAUAUGCAGCUUGCAGAUGGCGGGCAAGAUGUCCCCAUUGACGAAACCAAACUCCAUGGUAAACCUGAUAAAACCUUGCGCUUUUCCCUCUGCAGUGAUAAUCUGGAAGGAAUAUCUGAAGGUCCUUCAAACCGCUCCAACUCGGUGUCCUCGCUGGAUCUGGAAGGGGAGUCGGUGUCAGAGCUCGGCGCGGGCCCCUCCGGCAGCAACGGCGUGGAGGCUCUGCAGCUGCUGGAGCACGAGCAAGCCACAACUCAGGAUAAUCUGGAUGACAAGCUCCGUAAGUUUGAAAUCCGCGAUAUGAUGGGUUUGACUGAUGACAGAGACAUAUCAGAAACCGUGAGCGAAACCUGGAGCACAGAUGUCUUGGGAAGUGACUUCGACCCCAACAUGGACGAGGACCGGCUGCAGGAGAUCGCAGGUGCAGCUGCAGAGAACAUGCUAGGCAGCUUGCUGUGUUUGCCAGGUUCAGGAUCCGUGUUGCUUGAUCCCUGCACAGGUUCAACCAUAUCAGAAACCACAAGUGAGGCGUGGAGUGUGGAAGUAUUACCAAGUGAUUCAGAGGCUCCAGACUUAAAACAGGAGGAAAGACUCCAAGAACUGGAGAGCUGUUCUGGGCUGGGCAGCACGUCUGAUGACACAGAUGUGAGGGAGGUCAGCUCUCGACCCAGCACUCCAGGACUCAGCGUUGUGUCAGGUAUUAGUGCAACAUCUGAAGAUAUUCCUAACAAGAUUGAGGAUCUCAGAUCUGAAUGUAGCUCUGACUUUGGGGGAAAAGAUUCUGUGACAAGUCCUGAUAUGGAUGAAACAGCCCAUGGAGCCAGUCAUUUGACAUCUCCUCCUUCUCAGACAGAUUCUUUGCUUGCAUUGUUUGACCCUCUGUCCUCAAAUGAGGGAGUGUCAGCUGUAGUAAGGCCUAAAGUGCACUAUGCAAGACCCUCCCAUCCACCUCCAGAUCCGCCCAUUUUGGAAGGAGCCGUGGGAGGUAACGAGGCCCGACUGCCAAACUUUGGGUCUCACGCCCUGAUUCCAACUGACCUGGAGGCCUUCAAGCAGAGACAUUCCUACCCGGAGAGGCUGGUGCGCAGCAGGAGCUCAGACAUCGUGUCGUCGGUGCGGAGGCCCAUGAGCGAUCCCGGCUGGAACAGGCGUCCUGGGAACGAGGAGCGGGAGCUGCCCAUGGCCACCGGCAGCGCCGGAGCAGCUGUGCUGGCAGCCACGUCCCAGUCAUCCUCUUCAUCUCCCAGCAAGGACUCCUCCAGGGGAGAGAUUGAGGAACGAAAAGACAGCGAUGAUGAGAAGUCUGACAGGAACAAGCCCUGGUGGAGGAAACGUUUUGCAUCUGCCAUGCCCAAAGCUCCUAUUCCGUUUAGAAAGAAAGAAAAACAAGAAAAAGACAAAGAUGACAUGGUGCCUGACAGAUACGCAACACUUCAAGAUGAUCCCAGCCCAAGGCUCAGUGCACAGGCACAAGCUGCUGAGGACAUUCUGGACAAAUACAGGAAUGCAAUCAAGAGAACCAGUCCCAGUGAAGGAGCCAUAGUGAACUAUGACAGUGCAGAGGCUCUUGGGGAUGGUGAGAGCAUGCACGACUCCCCACGGGAUGAGGCGUUGCAGAACAUGUCUGCAGACGAUCUCCCAGACUCUGCCAGUCAAGUAGCACAACCACAGAGUUCUGCUUUCUCCUAUAGGGAUGCAAAGAAGAAAUUGAGAUUGGCUCUUUGUUCAGCAGAUUCAGUUGCCUUCCCGAUGUUGACCCACUCAACACGGAAUGGUCUCCCCGACCACACAGACCCCGAAGAUAAUGAAAUUGUGUGCUUCUUGAAAGUUCAGCUGGCCGAAGCCAUCAACCUCCAGGACAAGAACCUGAUGGCGCAGCUGCAGGAGACGAUGCGCUGCGUGAGCCGCUUCGAUAACAGGACCUGUCGGAAGCUGCUGGCCUCCAUUGCAGAGGACUAUAGGAAAAGAGCUCCAUAUAUCGCUUAUUUAACUCGCUGUCGCCAAGGCCUGCAGACGACACAAGCACACCUGGAAAGGCUCUUGCAGAGAGUUCUACGAGAUAAAGAAGUGGCCAACAGAUACUUCACUACAGUAUGUGUGAGGUUACUGCUGGAGAGCAAAGAAAAGAAAAUAAGGGAAUUUAUUCAAGAUUUCCAGAAGCUCACAGCAGCAGAUGAUAAAACAGCCCAAGUUGAGGAUUUCCUUCAGUUCCUGUACGGGGCUAUGGCUCAGGAUGCCAUAUGGCAGAAUGCCAGUGAGGAACAGCUUCAGGAUGCACAAUUAGCCAUCGAGCGCAGUGUGAUGAAUCGCAUUUUCAAACUUGCCUUCUACCCUAAUCAGGAUGGAGAUAUUCUGCGUGACCAGGUCCUUCAUGAGCACAUACAGAGGUUAUCCAAAGUAGUGACUGCAAACCACAAGGCCCUUCAGAUACCUGAGGUGUAUCUCCGGGAGGCACCGUGGCCGUCGGCACAGUCUGAAAUCCGCACGAUAAGUGCUUACAAAACCCCCCGAGACAAGGUGCAGUGUAUCCUGAGGAUGUGCUCCACCAUCAUGAACCUGCUCAGCCUGGCCAACGAGGAUUCAGUACCCGGGGCAGAUGAUUUUGUUCCUGUUUUGGUUUUUGUCCUCAUAAAGGCAAACCCCCCUUGCCUGCUGUCCACCGUGCAGUACAUCAGCAGUUUCUAUGCCAACUGUUUGUCUGGAGAGGAGUCGUACUGGUGGAUGCAGUUCACGGCAGCCGUGGAGUUCAUCAAAACCAUCGAUGAUCGCAAGUAACUCGCUCAGCACGUGCAUGGGCAGACUGUGAGCAGGAGAGGAGUGUCUGAGAAUGUACAACAGCUGCAAAAGCUGAAGAAGAGACUUUCCUUGUAUAAUACUGUACAGAAUUGAGGCAUUUUAAAACACACCUUUACUAAUCUAAUUAAUUUAAGAGA